AUGUGCGCAAUAUCUGAUCAAUCUAGUCGACAUUUCCCCCGCAUUCCUGCAGCAGCCCAAAAAGGCUGGUACGCCGACCCCGAAGCCCGCAUCUUCGACACCACCUACUGGCUCUACCCAACCUACAGCGCAGCUUACGAAACCCAAACCUUCUUCGACGCCUUCUCCUCCCCCGACCUCCUAACCUGGACCAAACACCCAACCAUCCUCAACCUAACCGCCAUCCCCUGGUCCACAAACCGCGCAGCCUGGGCCCCCUCCGUCACCCGCUCCCCGUUCACCGGCGAUUACUUCAUGUACUUCUCCGCGGGCGACGGAGCAGGCAUUGGCGUCGCGAAGUCUGUCUCCGGGGAGCCACAGGGUCCCUAUGAGGAUGUGUUGGGGAAGCCGUUAGUCGGGGAGACGGUGUUCGGGGCGGAGCCGAUCGAUGCGCAGGUGUUUGUUGAUGAGGAUCAACGCGUUUGGUUGUAUUUUGGCGGGUGGAGUCAUGCUGUUGUUGUUGAGUUGGGGAGUGAUAUGGUUAGUCUUAAAGGGGAUUACUUGGAGAUUACUCCCAAGGAAUAUGUGGAGGGUCCUUGGGUUUUGAAGAGAGGUGGGGUUUAUUAUUUUAUGUUUAGUGUUGGGGGGUAA